GAAAUAGAGGUUCUCCUCCUUUGAUCGUAGCACACUUCGUGCACUGUCCUCGGCGUUGUUAUUACACACGGACUGAAAGACGCUCGGGGGAACAGAAACUCUUGGGUGUGGUUUGCAACGUGGGAUUUUUUUAUUUUUCUUCAAGAACAAGUGAUAUUGUCAUUCGUUGAGUUGACUUCGUAACGUCGAGGCAUCGUUUACGAGACGCGAGCCCGCGUACUCGUGUACAGGUGGUUUACCGAGUUUCCGAACGUUUUCAUACAAGAACCAAUCAACCGAAAUUUCACCUGGAAUUUUCAUAGUAAACUUGAGAACAACCAGAGGGAGCUUCAUCGUUUAUUUACUCUCUGGAGGCUGUGGCUUUUAAAAUAAAUCCGUAUUCUACAAUGUCCGCAAAGAAAAGAAGUCUUUCGGGAAACGUUGCUAUUGGAGUUUUUUUUGUUGGACUUGUUUGUGUUUGCGUCGCUUUUGCAACUCCCGCAUGGUUAGUCAGUGAUUACAGGAUAACCGGUGCACGACUCGAUAGAUUUGGGUUGUGGAGUCAUUGCUUCAGAUCAUUACCAAAUCCACAAGAAUUCGAUGCACCGACACGUUAUUUCGUUGGUUGCAGAUGGGUUUAUGAUCCAUUCACCAAAGGUUAUUCGGAUAUCCGCGGGUUCCUUUUACCCGGGUUCAUGGUAGCGACGCAAUUUUUCUUUACGCUGUGCUUCUUGCUGUGUCUACUGUCAUUUGGACUGAUAUUAUUGUUUGUGCUGUGUUGUCUGCCGGAGCAACAGCGCUACGUCCAAUUGAUAUCAAUGAUCGGCUUCAUACUGGCAGCAGCUGGAGUUUGCGGAGUGAUCGGUGUAAUAGUUUUUGCUUGUUUUGGGAAUGCGGAUGGCUGGAUGCCCGGACACACAAACAACUUUUUUGGCUAUUCGUUUGGGCUCGGGGUAUGCGGCAGUGUGUUGUCAUUGAUAGCGAGCCUUCUGUUUCUCGUUGAAGCGAACGUACAGAGGAAGAAACGUCAAUACCUCAAAGAGUCACAAUCAAGAUUCCAACUUUCACAAUCUUAAGAAAUCAUUGAGUUCUUUCAAUUGAAAAAUCAUUGCUUACCCGUCCAUAUACGAUACAACGAUGUAUCAUCACAAUUUAUCGAGUUCCCUCAUACUCUUACUUUUCUAAUGAAAAUAAGACUUGUCCUUGAGGUCGACCGUUAUUAUUAAGAUGCUAUUGUUAUUUAAAUGACAUUGCGCAAUGUUAUGUUUACAUACGCUAAAAUGCAUUGACAAGAUUAUAGUCACUCCGAUCCGUCCUUGAGUACAAACGUAAGUUAUUAAACAUAUCAAAAUGAUAACGGAUAGAAUCGAAUCUCGAUAUCUAGUAUUCUUAUCAACAAUCUCUUAUUAUUUAGGCAGAUUUUAUAUCAAUUUUUUAACCGCAGUGUUCGAGUCUCAUAACACAAUAUGUACAUGUAUACAUAGUUUAAGAAACGUAGCUUAAGAGGAAGGAUUUGAUCUUUCAACAACAUCGAGAUAUGCAAACGAUUCGAAUUUAUAUGAAUAUUAAAUUCGCAUUAAUUUAAUUUUCUACAUACAUUAUACUCUGAAUUGUUGAUAAAAUAAAGACGUUUUUUUUAAAACAAUUGUAUACUACAAAA